UUUUGUCAUCAUCACUCUCUAAAACUGUAGACAGAGAGAGAAACUAAAAUUUCAACAGGAAAAAAAAAAAAAAAACUCAUAUUUUGGAAUGGAGUGGAAAAUCCAAUAUUUUUUUACUAGUAUUCAAAGAAAAUGCCACUUACUUUACUAGUAGCAUUACUUUCUCACUAAAGCCCAGAUAUUUUUUCCAUUAUUUUCCUGAGAAAAUUUUAAGUAUUCAACAAUAAACAAAUACCCAGAAAGCCUAGAUACGCAGAAGGUAUGUACAAGAACCAAUUGCAAGAGUUGGCUCAAAGAAGUUGCUUUAAUCUGCCAUCUUAUUCAUGCAUCCGGGAAGGACCUGAUCAUGCUCCUCGGUUUAAAGCUACUGUCAAUUUUAAUGGAGAGACUUUUGAAAGCCCUACCUUUUGCUUUACUUUGAGACAAGCGGAACAUGCUGCAGCUGAAAUAGCUCUAAAUACACUUGCCAACAGAGGCCCUUCCAAAGCAUUGGCUGCAAGAGUUUUGGAUGAAACUGGUGUCUAUAAGAACUUGCUUCAAGAGACUGCUCAUCGAGCGGGCUUAAAUCUUCCAGUCUACACCACUGUUCGAUCUGGACCAGGCCAUGUUCCUAGUUUUUCAUGCAGGGUUGACCUUGGAGGGAUGAGCUUUACAGGGGAACUAGCUAGGUCUAAGAAACAAGCGCAGAAGAAUGCAGCAAUGGCUGCAUGGUCAACCCUGAGAAAACUGUCUCAGCAUGGUUCAUCUUCAUCUUCAUCACCUUCAUCACCUUCAUUGGAGUCUAAAGGAAAAGAAGAACAAGAGCAAGUUGUAAUUGCUCGAUUCCUUUCUUCAUUACGAUCAUCACAAGCAAGGCAGUCUAUGCAAAUUGAUUGUCAGUAUGAAAAGCAGAGAUCAAUUCCUGUUUGUCAAGACCUAACCUCACCAACCCCGAGCUUGUAUUCUAUGCAGGGUCAAAGUUGGGCUUACCCUAGUUUUUCCCCUGAAAUGGCCAUGCCCAUAUACCACAUAUGGCAGCAAGAACAAUUAUUGCAGCUGCAAAACCGCCUGUUUUCAUUUCCCGUUUCUCCGGUUCCUUCAACUGGCCCUCAUAUUGUUCCAUAUAUGCAGUCUAUUUUACGCCCAGAUCAUCAUCUGUCAUUUCAAGCUAGGGACCUAGAACCUAUCCCUACAGCUCCCGGGCUUGCAAUUGCUACCUCCUCAUGCCCUUCACAUUACUCCUCUAAUCAUUCAACUUCACAACCAACCAUGGGUAGGUCUACAGUGACUAUUCAAGAGAUUCAUGAGGAGAUAAAGGACGAAUCAUCCAAAUACUCUCAGCCUGUAGUUAUAGACCCGCCUGUUCCUGGUCAAACUAAUGCUGAAUUGGGUCUCGAGGAAUCAAAACAGGAAGAUCACAAACAGAAGAAUGUUGAGUUGGACAGCAAAGGUGAAAAUGUUCAUAGGAUGUUGGAUACUGGUUCUCGGCCUGUCAACUACCAGUUAGAAGAUCCACAUGCUUUUGAGUCUACUUCUCAUCUUAGACCACGGUAUCCUCCAAGAUCAAGUUCUUAUAGAAAUCCUAGACCACCAUCUUCUGUUGCAGGUUCUGUGAUGAUCAGAACAGUCAGCCCAGUUUCUUCUGUGAGGCCACCCGCGCAAAAGCCAACAACUCAGGUGCCUGUCCCGCCAAGAAUGAGAACUGGAGCUCCAUUUUCAACCAGACCCAGGUUCGAAAGAACAAACCUCGGCGGUAUGCAUCCCAGUUCCAUGGCACCACCUGUUAGAAUAAGAUCAGUUGUACCAGUGUGUUCAGCGCCACCACCAAGAAAAACACCAAGCUUCAACCAUGAGGGAGUGUUGCCCAACAAAGAGAAGAAAGAUGCAGUACCUGAGGAUGUGUCAACUCCCACUUCAGAACUUAAUAAGCUUAGUAUGUAGAUGGAGUACAGUAGUCUAUAGAUAUCACAAGAUGCAUUUUAUUUCUAGCUAUUGCUUCUUUUUUCAUUUUACUAUGGAAAUCAUCACGGCCCGAGAGAGCUCUUUCAUGCUUUUCAUUAAGUAGUUAGAAUCAAUAAAUAAUAGCUUUUUAAAAUCUGUAUAAAACCGAAAUUCAUAUUUUAAGCUUAGUU